GUAUGAGUAUUUUGACAUUUAGAUUAUUAUACCUAGUUCACUAAUAACAUAUUCGUAUGAAAAUUAAAAAAAGUAUUUAGUUAUUUAACGCGUAGCAGAUGUUAGUGUGAUAACCAUGAUUUAUUAUUGCUUAGUCCUAAUAAUAAUAGACAGCAGUAUCACUAGUUUCGUAAAAUUAUCGUAUUUAGGCACCAUACAGCCUUUGAUAGUCUCAGACUUUGUUUCCGAGUUCAUCUAUACUUAUCGUUUCCACGUUUCACUUGUUAUGACCGCGAACGGACGCUUACUGUCUUUAUUAAAUUCUUUAUACUAAAUAUAAAAAUAUCCACAUACAUUGGUCUCCACAAUAUAUAAUAAUAUAUCGAGGGUUAAAAGUUUAUUAGGUUUAAACGACAUUUCGCUUAAAACCCGACAUUUAUCUUUGUAAGUAACUAGCUGUAUAGUCCCCGGCACGUAACUUAGCAAGAGUCGUAAGAUGCGCAGAAGUCGUUUUUUAGGUCUCUUUGGUUGUCAAGCGGGACGCGGGGAAAGGUAGCACCGUUCCGAGCGCACGAUUGGUGAGUCAGUCGACCCUCCCCUCCCGCACCGCGUCCACGUUCCGUUCGCUCCUGGUUACAUAUGCGCCUACUAAAUUGUAGUAGCCCUUUGUUUAUAUUGAGUUUUUGUUACGAGUUGUUAUUAUUGUUUUAAAUUUAGUUUUUGUUACGGGUUUUAUUCUUUUAAAUUUGUUUGCAAUGCCAGGACCAAAUACCAAUGACCAUAUAGUUGAUUCAGUCACUGAGCGUUUUAUUAUUUACGCCAGUGACGACAGCGACUCUUCGUUAUGUCAACGAUGAGGAGCCAACUCCUUCCACCAGCUCAGGUGCUACCAUAAAUUUAAUCUAAGGGGUAGCACUAUUAGAAAAUGAUAGUGACGACGGCGACACAUCAUUUUUAAUAUUAAGUAUAUUUUUUUAAAUAAACUUCUUAACUUUUAAUUUAUUAUUUUAUUUUUAACACCUAAUACACUUCACGAAUUCCUCUCUUUUCUUUAACUUUCUUCUAAACACAAAGGCUUAAAAACAAAUUACGGCAAAUAAAAAAUAAAAUAAAAUUAAAUUAAAUUAUAUGCGGGCAGUAAAAGUGAUCAUUUUUUUGUUGCAAUGUGCACCAUGCGCGACAUUACCCCCACUACACCAAAACCUUGCCAACUUACGUGCCGCUUACUAUACCCGUCCGCUUCCCUGGGCAUUUAAAAUUAAUAUUAUUAUUUCUCACCUAAACAAAGAUUCUCAUCAUUAACGCCCCCGCAACUGGUGUAGGGAGUCCAACACUCAUAUUAGCCUAUCCAUUAAGUACAUGUAUUUUCUACAUGGAUACCAAGUUUCAAGUCAGUCGGAUGCAUGGUUCAGUAGUUAUAACGGAACAUCCGUAAAAAACCACUGUAGAUUUAUAUAUUAGUACUAGCUGUCCCGGCAAACGUUGUGUUGCCUUAAAUAAGAUUUCUAGGAAAAUUCUAGUGUAGAACAAAAAACCUCAUUCAACCACAUAAUAACCAAAAAAAAUUAUCCAAAAAAUAAAAAUAAAAAAUUAAUGUUUGGGGUGGACAACCCUUAUCACUUAGAGGUAUGAAAAAUAGAUAGUAGCCGAUUCUCAGACCUACUGAACAUACUAUUGAUACACAAAUAAAACCAAAAAAACAUGGCUGAAAAAUGUAUAGUGAGUAAGACAGGAGACCGGCUUCGUCCUCAUCCCUACCACGUGAUGUUUGCUGGAUGAGUGGUGACACCUGGCGGGGAUAACUGAUCGAUUGUUAGUUGAUCAGCAGUCGACCGGUGAGGACGGGAGAUCAAAUUGAAUUUAAAAAAAAUCAAUUAAAGCAACUUGCAAUUAUAAACUCUGAAUAAGAAUUUAUCGUACUACAAUUAUAAUAUUUGAUUUCCAUCUUGCAACCUUAUUGCGGAUCUGUAGGUACAUAGAAUAAAAAAAAUAAAAAUCGGGAUGGAUAAUCGGGGUAUAAGAGUGAAAAUUGAGAGUAAUAUGAAUUUUUUUAUUUUAAGUUAUGACAAAAUAAAAAUAAAAUCUUGCCAAAAAAAUUAAAAUUUAUAAUUAACAAAUAAAAAAUAGGGGUUGAUCGUAGAGGGGUGAAAAAUUCAGAGUAAUAUGAAAUUUUUUAUUCUAAGUCAUGACAAGACAAAACAAAAUUCUUGCAAAAUAAAUUAAAGUUUUUAAUUAACAAAUAAAAAAUAAGGGAUGAUCGUAGAGGGGUGAAAAUGUAUGGUUGUAUGUAUUUUUGUAUGCUGUAUCAUAAAAAAAUAAAAACAAAAUAAAUUCUCCAAAAAAUAAAAUAAAAAAUUUAGGGAUGGACCGGACCACCCUUAGCAUUCAGGGGGAUGAAAAAUAGAUGUUGUCCGAUUCUCCACCCUGGCCGAUAUGCACGUUAAGAUUCACGAAAUCGAGCCGUUUCGGAGGAGUUCAAUCACGCACCCCGUAACACGAGAAUUUUAUAUAUUAGAUAUAUAAUAAUAUAAAAAUGAAUUUCUGUUCGUUAGUCUCGCUAAAACUCGAGAACGGCUGGACCGAUUUGGUUAAUGUUGGUCUUGAAUUAUUUGUGGAAGUCCAGAAAAGGUUUAAAAGUAAGAUUAAUAUGAAAAUACUCGGAAUUAAAUAAAAAUAACAAUUUUGUUUUUCCUUUGAUAUGUCCCCCGUCGGACGGUUUUUUUUAAGAGUAUACAAAAAAUUUAGGUCUUUUAUUUAUCGAUUGAGGCACUACGAAGUCUGCCGGGUCAGCUAGUUUUAUAUAAAUUCGUAGUUGGCUUAAGUGUAUACUGGAUACUAUAUAUAGACAUCUACAACGUAAAUGCGCCACCCACUUUGAGAUUUAAGUUCUAAGGUCUCAAGUAUAGUUACAACGGCUGGUUCUGGUCCAGCGGGUUAUUCCGGGAUACCAGCGACACCGUCUGGGAGGCCUGACGCGCUGCCGUACCGAGACGGCCGACGUUUCAGGGCCUUCGAUUCGCCUCGAAGGCUCCGUCGGCCGGGCGUCCUUGGGGUGAGCUGUGCUGUCUGGUUCUAGUGUUGACCGCGGUAACCUCAUCGGGGUUCUGACCUCGGAGGGCAUCGGACGCUUGGGCGAAGAGUGCAGGGGAGUCGUUUAGUGGGUAGGGCCCUGAGAACAUCCUUGGGCUCGCGGUCUCGCAGCCGCGGACCAGUCCCACAUACACCGCGCGGCCCCUAGGCGCGGGGACCUCGUAGGAGGUUCGGCCCCCAGCCCGAAAAAAAAAGCCAGACCUUUGUAUAAUAAACCCUUGGAUCUUCUCUAUUUCGUUUUAUUAGCCAAACCUACACCAAGUAUUAAUUGUAAUUUAUGUUGUUACUGUUUAAUAUUUUUAUUACCUGCCCUGCAGUGCACAAAAAACAGCUUAAGUAGAUUAGCAUUUUUAAAGUAUUUGUAUAUUUCAUAUUUUUAUUUGAUAAAACCUAAUCAACUGACAUAGCAGUGGGACCCGAUUUUUUAAUUUGCCCCAGGGCCCUUGGUUACCUAGCUACGCCACUGACUACCAUCUUGCCUAUUUCUGCCGUGAAGCAGUAAUGCGUUUCGAUUUGAAGGGUGGGGCAGCCGUUGUAACUAUACUGUAUGUAACCUUAGAUGUCAUAUCUCAAAGUGGGUGGCAGCAUUGCAAUAAAAAAAGAUAUUAAAAGAAUAAAAUUUUAUUAUUAGUAGGUGUUUUAUUUAUAUAAUUGGAGAGAUAUUGGAACUUCUUACUUUAAUCCUUUGUUUUUCUUGAUAUCGGCGAAUUUCAAAUAAUACGAUCCUCGCAUAAUCAAAUUAGCGGGUAGAAUUUGAUUUUGCGUUAUAUACCAAAAAAUUAUGAACUUAUGCUAACGAAGUUUGAGGACGCUGUUCCACGAGAUGGUCGGACCAAAUGUGAUCUUCUCUGAACAUCAGCUUCCACGAUGCCCUUCAUGAAACUAAGAAUCGCAGCAAAUGGAGGGAAAUCGUACGGGAGAAACUGAUGCAGCGGGGGAGUCACGACCCUCAGUAAUGAGGAUAACGACGCGAAAAGGGAGGAUCUAAAAAGUAUUUAGUUUAUUUCUGAGCGGGCUUAAAAUAUUUUUGCAUAUUUUACGUUUUUAUACGUAACACAAUUUUUUUAUUAACACAAUCAUAGAAUGCGUCAGCUUCCUUCCUCAAAACAGAAACAAAAAUAACUUUUCUUAUCGCAUGACUUGUUUAAUAAUCCUUAUUUAUGUUACUACUUUCGUUUGGACCGUUGAUAAACAAAAAGUCCUCAUAUCAGAAAAUCAUAUUGAGUAUAAAUAAACGACUCGAUAUUAAAAAACCAUCAUAACUUACUAUUGAUUCUGAGUACCAGUACAAGUUUCCUGCAAGAUGAAGUUCGCUCUAUUGUUCGUAUUGACCGCGAUCGUCGCGGUGUCGACUAAUGAAGUGGCUGACCCCAGAUCCACUGAUAGAUCUAACGCUUUGAGUAUCGGAAGUAUUACUUCAAGUGAUAGACUCUUACGGAGCUUUGUUGUGAGCCGUGCUGCUACAACUAACUCGCGGGCUGUCAACGUGAGGUACACGGCGCCUGCCGGUAGACGCGUCAGGGCCGUCCGCGUCCGAGGAUCGACGCAGUUCGCUAGCGUCCGCCGCACCGGAGGCGGCGUCGGCUUCACUUUCGUGAAUCUUCAGUUCGUGAACGCGCCGCGAAGAGGAUUUAGCUUUACAGUACAAGUUUGGGGACGCUAAAAUGCAUAUUCUGGACGUUUACAUGCAAAGACACGAAGUUUUUGUUUUUUCGUUUGCACAAAAAAUUCGUUCUCCCCAUUUUUUUAAUUAAUGAUUCGCGUAUUUAUUACGAAGCUUCCUUAUCUUUUUUUUUCGGACUGUAAAUUACUGUGGCAACAUUAUAAAUUAAUUUCAAAAUAAAAAUCUAGACUACCUAUAA